GUAAAAAAAAAAAGCAUACGAUCAGUAUAUAUCCUUACUAAAGUCCCUUUUAAAGCGAUGAUGUAUAUUUACCUUCAGACAUUCCAGCCGCUGCUAUUAAAUCAGAAAGAAACUAUAAGCUAAUUAAAGCAAGACACCAAAGACAAGUAGAAAGACUAAUUGCUCAACAAUUACAAGAACUAAGAGAAUAUGAAAAGCAAUUCGCAAUCAAAUAUGAUAAAGAUCUAUUUAUUGAGCCUACUUUUAGUCUGAUUGAAGAAGUUGACCCACAACAUUUCUUAAUAGAAAAUGCAGAUGCGAUCGAGCACUUGGCAUCAUUUACACAUGACGAACAUGAAACUCAAGAUGACAACGAUAUCAUUCAAGACAAGUUGGAAGAACGGAAACAAGAAUAUUUGAUUACUCUGAUGAAAAAGCACAGACAGGGCUUUGAGGAACUCUUAUAUAAUCACCAAAGGCAGCAUGAAAGACUAUUUGAAUACCAAAAGGAAGAACUCGCCAUAUUUGCUCCAGGGCUGUUGGAUAUAAAGCGAACAGGAUUGCCAGCAACAACUACUCAUCAUAUAGGCAACAGCGGCAAUUCAAAACCACAUAAAGAAUACAAGCAAUGGCCAGAAUACAAUACUUCGUCUCCUAUUGAGCCAAUCAAUACCCCAUCCAUGAAAGGAAAUCAGCCAAUUCACCAGAAGAAUACCUCAUCUCAUCACUCAUCGCCGUUAAGAACUCCACCUACUGUAACAACACUAAAAACACCGUCUACUGUAGCACCAUCGUCAAGUGCACCGCCUACUGUAGCGACAUCAUCAUCUAAGGCACCACCUACUGUAACAGCAACAUCAAGAGUUCCACCUACUGUUGCAACUUCGUCAUCAAAAGCGCCACCCACAGUAGCAACAUCAACAUUAAAUAAAAGUAUGUCACCUACUGUAAAAUUCUCGCUACCCAACAAAAGAUUUACACCCUUUAUGCCAUUAUCAAAGCCAAAGAAAGCAACACCGACUGCUGUAGUGCCACCUAUUGCAGAAACUCCAAAAGGCCAUAUGAAACAAUCACUUAAAGACCAAGAUACAAUAUCACCUUCAAGUAUCAACAAGAGCUCAUCAUCAAUAAACCUAUUCAGUACAAACGGAAAUACAUCAUCAGCUAGUCUAUUCAGUACAAAAGAAACCCCAUCAAGCUUAUUCAGUACAAAUGAAGAUUCAUCGCCAUCAGGCUUAUUUAGUACAAAUACCAUGAAUCAAGACAAAGUGAUACCCUUAAUUGAUAAGGGAACCAUGCGAAUUAUGAGAAACCCAGAUCGUGUUGUUAUAUAUGAUGAAAAUAAUGUAGAAACUGUGUAUGGUAGCCCUAAAGAUUAUGACGACGCGAUCAAGGGCAUAAAUACACGCCCGGAUAACCCUGUAUAUAGAAGAAUGAUGAAAAGCGUCAAUCACUUAUUUUUCAAAACAAAUACAGGUCGAGUGGUCAUCAUCGGUCCUGUAUCAAAAGUACGGCCCCUCAUUAAUGACUUCUUUUCAUCCAUUUAAGAAACACAUCUUAAGCAAACUAUUGAUUAUACGUGUAACCUAAUGAUAAUUGUGUGACUUUAUUCAAAGAUCUGUUUUAACUGGGAGACUAAUGAAUAAAAAAAAUAAUGUAUUGUUCGCCUUAUACUUACCGAGAUGUUAAGGAAUGCACUGCCGUUAU